AUGCCUCAGCAGGUGGCUUCAUUGUGGACUGAAGCUAUCAAGCAUUACGAAACUAUCACGAAGCAAAACUUCGAUACUGUAUCGCGGGUGACUACAGUUGACGAUUUACUCAGAUUGAUCGAUGAAGAAAACAAGCAAUUCAACGCAUUUCGAGACCGGGGGAAUCGGAUUCGAGAUGUGAUUAAGCAUGCCAUGACCCCGAUUGAACUGACAGGAAUGGUGGUGGGAGCUGUCUCUGCGGCUUAUCCACCUACUACCCUUGUGUUUAGUGCGGUAGCAUAUCUGCUGGGAGCCGCAAAGGGCGUUUCGGACAAGUAUGAUGCUAUCAUAGAGACGAUGUCAACUUUGAAAGAUCUGACUAUUCGACUGGAAGUAUACUCGCAGCAGACGAUUUCCGAGAACCUGAGCAACAAAUUGACGCAAAUUUUGACCUCGCUUUUGGAGGUACUUGCCUUUGCCCGAAAAGAGGUCAAGCAUGGACGGAUGCUUAGCUACGGCAAAAGCCUACUGUCUGGUAGUGACGGAAAAGCGGCAAUGGCCAAAUUUGCCAAGUUGGUCGAGGCAGAAAGUGCUUUGGUUGCGGCCGAGACGCUGACAGAAGUGAAGGGGGGAUUUGCGCGCGUGAAUUCCGAUAUGAAGAGAAUCGCUCGGCAACUGGAAGGAUCCAGACUGACUGAGAUGCCUCGGAAAGAACGUAUGACCGCGGAUCUAAGGCGCUUACUACAGCCUUCCAGGAGCUCCGAAGAUCGAUAUAGGACAAUGAACCGUAACCGUGUACCGCAGACUGGGGACUGGAUACGGGAGGAAACAGAGUUCAUUGAUUGGAUCACCGGAACUAAACCAGUCCUGUGGAUUUCCGGAAAUCCAGGGGCUGGAAAGUCAUACAUCGCUACCAACUUGAUCGAUCACCUAAAGCAGAAGCCACAUGCUGCUCUGGGUUUCUUCUUUUUCAAGGACAACGACCCCAGAACCCGGUCCACACACCAAGCCCUCCGCGAUAUCGCAUUUCAGAUCGCGCUAAACGAUCAUCUAUACGCUGAUUACAUCGUUGAUUAUUUAGAUUGUGCCGAGGAUAUAGGGACGCUUGAGAGUUUAUGGACGAAUCUAUUUCUGAAUGUCUUCAUUGAUAACGGGGACAGUGCAGGCGGCAAGAAGAACUCCGCAGAAGGCCCCGUUUAUCUGGUUCUUGAUGCACUCGACGAAGCAUUCACAAAUGAACGACUGGAGCUUUUUGAAUUGGCGAAGGAUAUCCGGACUGGUGGUCGCAUUCAGCUUCUGAUGCUAGGCAGACCACAAAUCGCCGAGGAAAUGAAUGAUCUGAUGGAAACGCUUCAAAUUCAGACGAUAGACGUUUCUGAGGUGAACAAUUUUGAAGACAUCGUGCACUACAUCAAAACUAGCAUUGCAAAGUCCAUUUAUUUGCGGAAGCUCCCGCCCUCUACCCAGCGAACAAUCAUUCAGAGACUGUCUACUGGCUCCCAAGGGAUGUUUCUCUGGGUUGGGCUCAUGUUACAUGAUUUAUCACAAAUCAGAAACAAGGGUGAAUUACAAAGAACGCUUGACGAAGCUCCAAAGGGACUAACAAAGAUGAUCUCCCAUGUCCUGAGGGGGUUUUCAGAGAGCUUCACGGAUAACCCAGAAUAUGCUGCCGAUUUGAACGAGCUCCUGGCAUGGACGAUGUGCACACCGAGUCCUCUCUCUCUGUUUGAGAUUGAUGCUUUGUUGAAAUGGAGGUCACCUGAAGGAGAAAGUUGGAUUUGGCUAGAGGGCUCUCUUCGGGUACAAUUUGCCUCUAUAUUCCUUUUGACCCGUGAGGAUGGCCUUUCUACUGCCGACCUCAAGCGAAGAAUGAUUUGCACAGAUUACGACGAUUUUGAACAACCAUCCGAGUGGGACUCCGAGGAGAAUGAAGACUUUGAUUUGAAUGACGAUUUCGAUUCUGAUCAUAAGACCACUACAGUCUCUUUCUGUCACGCAUCCCUCGGAGACUUUUUCAGAAGCCAGGAGGACAAAGUAUCGGCUGGACCUAAUUCCCCGUAUAUUGGAGUCAACCACCACGAGGCUCGGGUAUUGGUGUUGAAUAGAUGCUUCGAGAUCAUUCAGAAUAAGGAUUCACUGAGAGAGGAGAUUGCCCUUGCCUUGAGGUCGCACGCCUGUGGCUCUUUUGUUGAAUUCCUCGCCGCCGUUGAUAUGAGCCAGAUUGCCAAAGACUCCAAGAAAGCCAUUGGCCUUCAGUUAGCUAAGCUGUUGUCUGAUGAGUCAGGGUUUGAAGCAUUUGUUUCGCCUGAUAAACUUAAUUUCUUCACCCAGGACGCUCUGGAUAUUUUCACUAAAUGGCUUGGUGACCCUGACGUUCAAGAGGCCUUUCCGGACGAGACCAAGAUCUGGUAUAGCAAUGCCAUGGCCCAAAGCCCAGCCGCAAUUCUGCGCCCAAUCAUGAGCUAUAUAGCUUCUCGGUGGACUCAAAACAAGUCAUGGAGCCCAGCUCUUUGCCUACUGACCAUGCGCGAUUAUAUCCUGCUUCAGGACUCUGGUCUUUCUCUCGACAUCAAUACCCCGGAGGACAUCCUGCAGAUCGCAAACUGGGGUCAGCCUGAGCAUGACGCCAAUUGGUAUGGUAGAGUUGGGCAGGCAUUGGAGAGUUUUUUGGUCUACGAUGAAGCUAUUGAAUAUCUGCAAAAAGCUUUACAAAUUGACUCAGAAUUGUGGGAGUUCCGUUCUCAUAUGGCUUGUUUGUAUCGCAACAUUGGCGAACUUGCCAAGGCUCUCGAGCUUCAUCAAACCAACAUCACCCAGCUCAAUGAAAAGGAGCAGUCCUCCGAAAUUCAGAAGAUUCUUCACCAAGAGUACGAAAGAGUCGCAGAUUGCUACCAGGAUCUUAAUGAUAAGGAAAAUGCCUUUUCCGUGCGACAAAGAGCCUACAGCACUUACAAUCGUUGUGCAGAUUGUGCUCGGUUAAUUCUGGAGCACUACCAUGGCGCUGGCAAGGUUGAUGAGAUCUUGGACUUCUUCCAAAUGAUGAACGAGAAAUCACCAAGUGAUGGAUUGAGCCACCUGACGGAAUUCGUACUCGAAAAUCCAGAGAUGGAAUUAAUGAUGUUUGAAUUUGGCGCCAAGAUCAUCCGGAGAGGAUGUUUCUCAUUAUUCAAAGAAGCUUUCACAGCCGCCAUUGUCACCGCUCGUCGACAGAGAAAGGCCCUUCUCACUGCUACGCUGGAAUUAAGUCUCUCUUCUUUACUUUGCUCACUUGGAGUUGACCCUGAAGGGGGAGCUCGCAUUUGUGAACGCAUAUUGGAGACUUACAAACCAAGUCAAGCGAAAGGCAAUCUGAGUCAUGUAAUAUUCACUGCAUCAUCUUCCCUGUGCUGUUACUACUUCAAACAAUGCUGUCGAGUCGAUUGCUCUGAAGCAGAGCGUUCGAGAUAUGGCCAACUACUCGAACGUCUUGUUAUGGGACGACCUCUCCACUUGGCCAGACAUGAAAGAGCCCCGAAAGGCAUCACAGAGUAUGCAUACCUACCACGACCCGAAGCACGUGCCACACUCGGUACUUACUACAAAAUGUGUGGCCGUGACGAUGAUGCCCUGCAGUUUUUCAAAUCCCUUUUACAACGCCCCCUUAGUACGCUUGGUUCGUCUGAUGACGAUGAUGACCGAAACUGCUACCUUCAGUUGGGCGGCAUCUUUGCCGCCAUGCGAGACGUCGACAACUGGGUGUCAGUUUGGUACCAAAUAGCUUUCCUCAAUGACAAGAUUGGCGAUUCGGAUGCCCCCAGACCUUUCUGUGAUGGGUGUGGAAUGCUUUGCGCAAUUGACGGAAUAGUUCAUUGCUGGCGCCGUGACAUGCCGUUUAUCGUUCUUUUCUGUGAGGAUUGCUUUCCACGUUUGAAAGAUGGUUCGCUGUCUGUUGAUAUUUGUGACCCAACCCACGAGUUUAUGACUAUUCCCAAGCGACCUCAAUCUGUCAAAGAGCGUAGUACAGAGCAUCAAGAGAUGAUGUAUGUUUGUGGAGAGUGGAUGACAAGCAGUGAUUGGAAGCUUAGUCUGAAGGAGAAAUAUGGGUUGGAAGAAGAAUAA